AAGCUAACGCGCCAGUUAACAACAAAAUGAAAUUCUUCGCGCUGUGCUCCGUGCUGUCCGUGCUGCUGCUGGCUGGCAGCGUGCGCUGCUUGCCACAGACCCGUGAGGGCGCCGCCUACUCGAACGAGGCCAUCCGGCAGGCGCAGCAGACGCUGCUCAUACCCAAGGAUGCGCAGAUUCAGAACGUGCAGGAGGGCAUCGAGCUGGGCGCCUAUGAGCAGAUACCCGGCAACCAGCGCAUCAAUCUCUUCGACAUACUCGGCGACACGGUGCCAUCGGAGGUGAUAAACAAUCUGCAGACGCAGGUCGACCAAAUUGGACGAAAUUAAUGGACAUCGUACAAGUCAUGCGAUUUGGACAUUUGCAUUUUGUUAAGU